AUGGAGAAGGAACCUUGUAGAUGUGGUGGUGACGAAGAUGGAAGCACUGUUCGUGGGAAUCCUGGCGGCGCUGCUAGUGGUACUCUUGCUGCUCCUGGUGGAGCCCGUAGUGAUGGUGAUACAAUCCGUUGUAGUGGUCCUGCAAGUACUGGUGGUGCAAGUCGUGAGUAGUGAUGGUAGUUGUGGAGGUGGUGGUGACAGUCGUGGUACUGGUGGUGCAAAUCGUAAUGGUAGUGCAAGUCGUAUUGCUGAUGAUGCAGUCGUGGUGGUGAUGAUGCAAGUCGUGGUGGUGAUGAUUCACGUCGUGUUGCUGGUGGUGCAAGCCGUGGUGGAGAUGCUGGACGCCGUGCUGGCGUACUGGUCGUGGUGGAGGUGAUGGACGUCGUGCUGCUGCUGGCGAUGCACGGCGCGUUAGUGGUAAUGACAGAGGGGCUGGUGACGAUGAAAUGCAGACUGAUGGUGCCGCAAGUCCUGCUAGUCGUGACGAACGGCGUAUUGAUUGUGUGGAACGGAAAACAGAAACUGGACAGGCUAUGUCAUGGGUGGAUAUCGUUGGUGAGGUUGGGGGAACGCGUCAAAUCGCAAGAGCCAAACAGACCGGCUAAUCGUGUGCCUUUGCCGAAUGUACAAUUUGGAGUACGUGUAGCUCGGCCAAAUACUGUUGUGUUACACACUCAGGCAUUUAAAGACAUCUCGGUUCGUGAAAUCAUGGAUAGUGUCUUGAAGUGUGUGAAACAGAACGCGAUUAAAACUCUACAGCAAUUUGCAGGUCCUCGUUAUUGUGUCACUUUUCGUUCAGCGGACUUUAAAUAG